UUAUCAUCAUCAUCAUAAUAGAAAAAGAAAAGUAAAAUAAACACACACAUAUAUAAAAAAUAAAUAAUGUUGUCCGCUGAUACAAAUAACAAAUCAUCAGGUCUUUAUACAUGUCAAACAUGUAAUUCAAUAUUCACAUGUUUGAAUUAUUAUCAAAAACAUCGACAACAACAUGCCGAAACGGAAGGUGUAAAGCUAUUAACUUGUUCACAUUGUACAUAUGUAUCGGAUAAUGGAUUCCAUUAUAAUUGGCAUAUUAUGUCACAUGCAUCAUCACCACCACAUCGGUGUGAUGUUUGUGCACCUAAUAAUCAACAAUCAACGAAUAAUGAACAGUUUUUAACAUCAUCCACAUCAUCAUCAUCAUCAUCAACAACAACGACGACGGCGACGACGAUAGCUUCAAAUACGACCACGAUAUUAUCAUCAACAACAUCAUCAUCAUUGACGAAUCAUCAAUUGAAUAAAAAUUUUACCAAUUUUAGUGAUUCAAAUCAUCAUAUUCAUCAAAAUAAUCAUUUAUCAUAUCAUCAUUUUUCUAAUAACGGUUCUUCCAUCAAUGGUAUUGAUCAAUCAUUUAUACCGAAUCGAAUAUCCAAUACAAUCAUUUCGAAUGAUGGAAAAUGUCGUUCGAUUGCAACUGAAACCGACGAUGAUCUCAUUCUUGAAUCACAGCUUUAUUCACCGACACCUGUAGAUGAAUCGCCAUGUCCAACAUUUUCAAUAGUGAAAAAAUCUGAUGAUCAAGAUCAAGAUGAUAAUGCUACAAUCAUCGAUGAAAGUGUUGAGGAUGUAGAAGAUGAACUGGUUUUAGAUAAUAGUAAUAUUCAUUGCGAUAAUGAAAAUGGUGAUUAUGAUGAUGAAGAAACUGAUGAGGAAACCGAUGUUGAUGAAGAACCAACUCUGCAGUAUCAACAACAACAACAACAAGUGUGUGAUAUGAAUGGUGGAAUUUUACAUCAAACUCAACAACAUCAAGACUAUUAUGGAAUUGAUGAAAAUGUUGAUGACAAUCAUAUCGGCGAUGAAGAAGAAGAUGAUGAGGAAGAUGAUACUGGUGAUGGUAAUGAAAAUGUUAUUCAUCAAGAACAAUUUCAUCUACAACAACAACAAGAAUUUGAUAAUAAUCAUCAACAUUUCGAUAUACAAAAUCAUCAAUUAAUUUCGAACGUACAUAGUAAUGAGCAACAUAUGAUUGUUACGGCUGCUGACAAUGAUGACCUUAAUAAUGAAGACGAUGAUCAUCAGCCUGAUCUUAUUGGUUUCGAUGAUGAUGAAGACGAUGAUGAUGAUGAUGAUGAUGAUGAUGAUGAUGAUGAUGAUGAAGAUGAUGAAGACGAGAAUGAUGAGGAAGCGGGAGAAGAAAAUGGUGAAAAUAUAACCAAAAAUAAUUGUGAUAUACAAAUGCCACAAACUCAAACACAGCAGCGUCAACAGGUUUCUGCUGAUAUUUAUGAUUUUAAUAGUGAUGAAGAUUUGGAUCAACAACAUCCACCACAGCUCAAUAUUUCGUCUAAAUCUUUUAAUUUAUCAUCUUCAAAUCAGCAUCAACAAUUACCAAAUUUAUCUCAUCAUCAUCAGCAUCAAUUGCAGCCCGAACGAUUUUUAAAUCAAGCUCAACCACAUCAUCUUCAGCACCAUCAUCAAUCCAUUGCACAAGGUCUUCCUAUACAAAUUCCCAAUUCGAAUGCUAAUGGAAAUCAGCAACAACAGCCUCAACCUAUUCAUCACAAUUCAAAUGCACAAUCAUCGCAUAACCAGACUCAUUCAGGUCAAUCAUUACCUACAGCGGCGUUCACAAUAGCUCAUCCGAAUUUUUUAUUUCCAAAUGCUGCUGGUGCUGCAGUCACUACUGGUCAAUUAUUAGCGGCAGGUCCUCAUCCACAAACUAAUCCAACAAUUGCGGCUACAGCUGCAGCAGCGUCAACGAAUCCACAAGGUGCUGCUGCAAUAUUUAAUCCUAAUGCGACAUUUACAACCGCUAAUGGUCAGAUGGUUCAAUUAGUUUCUUUACAGCCAUUUGCACAUCGAACGGGAAAUCCCGGACAAACAGCAACUCCAUUUUUACAAUCUGCUCAAACGAAUGGUGGUACUCAAAUCAAUAAUGGAUUACCAGGCCUCUCCAGAGUACCAUCAUCAGCUCAAAAUAAAAUCGUGCAUUCGCAGCUGCCAUCAACAAAGACUUCUAAAAAUCAACAAGUUCCAUCAGGAUUGGGGGUAGCCAAAAAAACGCAGAAAUCAAUUAAGCCUCAUUCAUCUUCUUCCGCCUCAAAUAACACGAAUAUCGCAGUGUCAAGCCCAAAUGGCUCAUUAUCUCCAACAGAAUUAGCGAAUACCCUCGGUAGUGCCAUCACCAAAAUUAUUAGCCCCAGUGAUUAUAAACCGAUGAAAGGAAAAGGAAAAGGAAAUCGAAAACCAAGAAUAUCAUUCAUUUCUGUAGUCAAUGGUAUAACGCUUGGUUCCGAUGGUAUUCGUAGAAAAUUUCAUUGUUCACAUUGUGGUAACGGUAAAAGUUUCAAGACGAAAUCACAUCUUCAACGUCAUAUGUUAACACAUACAGGAGAGAAGCCAUAUCAAUGUCAGGAAUGUGGUUCGAAAUUCAAUCAAUCAUCAUCAUUACGUAAUCAUAUUAUUGCUAUACAUACGAAAAGAUUUCCACACACCUGUACGGUUUGUGGUAAAGGUUUUUUAAUGCCGGCCGUUCUACAGAAACAUCUUUCUGCUACUGGCCAUCAAUCAGAAAUUUGAUCAAUCAUAAUCGAAUAUACUGAUGGAAAUGAUUAUAUUGAUAAAACGAAAAUUCAAAUCACUAAUAACU